CCGUCCCACUCGCCUCCCCCUCCUCGUCGCCCUCCUCUCUCUCUCGCUAACCCCUCUCUCUCUCCAUCGCGCCGGCCGGUUCCGGCCAGCUCUGGCCCGCGCGUCUCCCCCGCGACCCCCGCCUCCUCUCCUGUCGCCGCUGCCGCAGAAGCUCGCCGCCGAUGCCGGUGACCUAGCCCGCGCGUCUCCCCCGCGACCCCCGCCUCCUCUCCUGCCGCCGCCGCCGCCGGAGAAGCUCGCCUCUGCGCCCACAAGCCUCGGAUUCGGCGGGAUCCGGACGAGGAGGGGUGGAUGAGACGGGGGAGGAGGAGGAGGAGAGAGUGGGGGCGUCUGGGGAGGAAUAUCCCCGCCGCCUCCUCCGCUCCUGCCUCCACAAGUCAGGGGGAUGGGGCUGCUCGGGCUCAGCCUGUGGGAUGUCGACCGGACCGGCAGCGAUGGAGGAGAAGGGCCGGGCAGGUGCGUGCAGGCGGGAGAAGCUGGGGGCGCUCGUCGGUUGGGGAGAUGGCGACCACCUGAGCUUCUCCGAUUGACCUAGACAGGGCCACGACAGCAUAAGCAAGGGGUGGGGGCGAGCAACCCUCUGAAGCCACGCAUGUCUACAGAAGAAGAAUUUUGAGAAUGAGAUUGAUAAAGAUGAACAAGACCAGCCGCUUUGUCACAAGCAUGGCAGCCUGCUCAACUAUCUCCACUGCCUGCAUACAGCUGUUUCAGAACAGCGCCGACCAACCCAGGUUUAUGUUUCCUUUCCAAGGGCGUUCGAAUAUAAUUACCAUCCAUCGAUUACAGAUGUUACCAGUACUAAGUGUGUGCCUUAUUAGUUUGUUCUUUAUUACAGAGUUUGGUUGUAGAAGAACGAAACGAAGCACACAUCAGGAAGUCAUGCUCUUUCCAACAACAACAGCAAAAGCGCAUAUAAGAGAACUUGAGGAAGAAGUGAAGCUCCUCAAGAACCUUUCGCACCCCAAUAUUGUGAGGUACCUCGGGACUGUCCGUGAGGAAGACACACUGAAUAUCCUGCUGGAGUUUGUUCCUGGAGGGUCUAUCCAGUCGCUUCUUGGAAAACUCGGUUCAUUCCCGGAGGCAGUCGUUAGGAAGUAUACUAGGCAGAUUUUGCAAGGGUUGGAAUAUCUGCAUAGCAAUGCAAUAAUACAUAGAGACAUUAAGGGUGCAAACAUUCUUGUUGAUAACAAAGGCUGCAUUAAGCUUGCCAAUUUUGGGGCAUCUAAGCAAGUUGCCAAGUUGGGUCUGAUGAAUAAAGGUGCAGGACACCUCAGAACCGCCUAUGUUUGUGACAGUGCACUGGGGCUCAAGCGACAAUGAGCAGGUGGGAGGAUCGUUCAGCUGACCAAGUGCAGUAUGACGGUGAUCUCUGAACAGUUGCAAGGAGGCUAAUAACAUGUUAGCUCCUCUUAAUAUCUUGGUUGAUGCCAUCUGUCAGAUUUAGCCCACCGAGUCCCUAUUUUGCAUUUACUUUGCUUCUCUAAAGUUCUCUUCGUGCUGCAAGGAAGACGUGAGGGUUAGUUGCAUUCCUGCUGCCUUGCUUGAGAUGAAUCCAUUUGGUUCUUUUGCCUUUCAAUUCUGUAACACACCAUCGUAUCUAUUGGUAGGUGUCAUUCUGCUUCUCCUUGCAUGUCUAUUUGUGCGCUUGGGUUGCAGAUCAGGUUACUGACACAUGGGAUCGUACAGUUAUUCUAUUACUCAGGGCCCACCCUGGUGGUCAUUAUAUCCCUGGGUUAAGCAAGCUGAGCAGGUUAUGCAAGCUACUGUGUAAAAUGCGCAUGCAUCACUGCCUAAAAAAGGGUCCAGACAGCAACGACAAGUGCUUACUAUGCUCCAUUAAAGCAGCUAAGAAGAUAAUUUAGUUUGGGUGAAUUUAUUAAUUUAUUAAUUAGCUUGAAGAAGAAAAAUAUUUCAGAACGGUGCGGUCAUAGAGUUAUGUUCAGUUUGGUGCUUUGGGUCAUUCUGGAUAAGUGAUUGGGUAGCGGUUGCUGUUUACUCGCAAGGGAUGGAUUGGUGUAAGUGAGUUUAUGAAAGCCUACUGGAACUGUUUGUGGAAGUAGUUGUAUGAACAUGUUGUGUGCAACUGAACUGAUCUGAUUGCUUAUCUUUGGAAAUCUUCA